UUGUAGUUUCCUACACCACAUUCCGUCAUAAGUCUGUUUGAGCUGCCACAACCGCAUCUUGAAUUCCUCGACACAUUCCUUACGAAACGGUAUGACUUCUAGCGAUGCUCAAAGCUUAAAUAUACAAUUCCGAACAAAUAUCACUACGCCGCGGAUUUCCGCGAUUUGUUGAGCUGCAGGUGGGAUUAUUCAAGGCCCUAGCCAGGACCUCACCCGACAGAUACCCUUACAACCUUGCUCAGACUACUCCCAUCCGUAUCACCGGCGGAGACAUCUCCAGAGUAUAUUCUUCCCCGCGGCUGCCCGUUGUCAAGCUCCAACUUUCACACGAUACAAUAUGGCGAAAGAACCAGAAAUCCAUGACCACAUGCCACACCAUGUCAAGCACAAGGAGAGGAAUCCUAUGACGAACUGGGUCUACGAUGUCUUCCUCUGGACGUUUUCUAUUCUGGUGGAUUUGUUCUUUAGAGAAGUCCACCCUCGAGGAUCAUGGAAAGUCCCUCGAAGAGGACCUGUAAUCUUCGUUGCUGCCCCACAUGCAAAUCAAUUUGUCGACCCUCUCAUCUUAAUGCGAACCCUGCGAACAGAAUGCCACCGUCGAGCCGCCUUUCUGAUUGCUGCGAAGUCGAUGAACCGAUGGCUUAUAGGGUGGUUUGCGCGAAAAGUUGGCGCUGUUCCAGUCGGACGAGCACUCGACAUGGUCAAGCCAGGACCUGGAACGAUAUACCUCCCCGAUCCUGUCAACGACCCCCUCCUCAUCCGUGGAGUGGGCACAAAAUUUGAUGGGAAGGAAGUCCAAAUUGGCGGGUUGUUGGUUCUGCCAAGCGUUAAUGGUACUGCUGCGAAUGCUGAGAUCGAGGAGGUUAUAAGCGCAGAAGAACUCAGACUGAAGAAACCGUUCAAAGGCCAGGCUGCGAUGCAGCAGCUGACAGGCAGAGAGGAUGUCAAUGGCAGCGGAAAGUUCACAGACGAAACCGUGAAGGGUGGACCAGAAGGUUUCACAGGCUCGAAAUACAAGACUGCACCGAAGGUUGACCAAACACAAGUUUAUGAUGCGGUUUUCGAUCGCCUCAGCGCUGGAGGUGCUGUAGGUAUCUUCCCAGAAGGUGGUAGUCACGACAGAACUGAGCUGCUGCCUCUCAAGGCAGGUGUUGCGAUCAUGGCACUUGGCGCAUUGGCAGCGAGCCCUGACAGCGGAUUGAAGAUUGUGCCGUGCGGAAUGAACUACUUCCAUGCCCACAAGUUUAGAUCUCGGGCAGUGGUAGAGUUUGGAAAUCCGGUGGAAGUCCCAAAGGAGCUUGUCGAGCUGUACAAGAAUGGCGAACGAAGAGAGGCUGUGAGCCAACUGCUCGAUACGGUCUACCAAGCUCUGGUAGCCGUUACAGUAACAAGUCCAGAUUACGACACGCUCAUGCUGAUCCAAGCGGCUCGACGACUAUACAAUCCUACCGGCAAGAAGCUUCCACUUCCAAUGGUAGUAGAGCUCAACCGGAGACUUGUGAAAGGAUACACACACUACAAGGACGACCCUAGAAUUGUUUCGUUGAAGAAGUCCGUCACAGAUUACAAUAAGCAGUUACGAUAUCUGAACAUUCGAGACCAUCAAGUCGAGUACGCUAAAUUUUCCAUCCCGAAAGUCAUUUUCCUACUCUUCUACCGCCUCGGGAAGAUCUCGGUUCUCUCUAUUGGUGUCAUCCCCGGUCUCGUCCUAUUCGGACCUGUUUUUGUCGCCUCGAAGAUUAUCAGUAUCAAGAAAUCGAAAGAAGCCCUUGCGGCUUCGACUGUCAAGCUACAAGGGCGUGAUGUCAUGGCCACAUGGAAAUUACUGGUUGCACUUGCCCUGGCGCCAAUUCUUUACAACUUCUACACAAUCCUACUCACAUACUGGACUUAUUGUAAUCGAGUCCAAGGAUAUAUGCCAGACUGGGUGCCAUUGUGGGCAGUCGUCAUUUUCGGUUAUAUUUUCUUUCCAGCAAUCACGUUCGCAGCCCUGCGCUUUGGAGAAGUCGGAAUGGACAUCGUAAAGUCUCUACGUCCGCUAGUCUUGUCCCUCAGCCCCCAGUCAAGCAACACCAUUCAAAAGCUACGAGAGCGACGAGCACAAUUGAGUGCCGAGGUCACUGAUGUGAUUAACACACUGGGUCCGGAAAUGUUCCCAGAUUUCGACGCCGCCAGGAUUGUAGCAGAUCCUUUCUCUGGAAGUCCAACAUCAUCGAAACAUCGCCGUAGCGAAAGCAAUACGUCUGGAAUUUCGGACACAGGUUCACCACCUCCGUACCCAAGAACCAACACAGACGCUUCAAUUGCUGCCGGGUCAGGAUAUCUCCCGAGAAACGAAUCUUUCAAGAAUCUGGGCAACAUUGGCCUUUUCGCUACCCGACCACCUUCCAGAAGUAGAAGUCGGAGCAGUAGCAGUGGCGGGGCUGUUGGUUCUGGGUCAUUCCCUCUGAAGAGCUUCAGCACGCUGGACUCAAAGAGUGGCUUCGAAGAAGUAAGCAUGAAGAUUAGAGGUGCCAUGAAAGAGCGGGGCCAGAUCAGGAGGAGACAAAGUGAUUUUGCUAGAGAGGAGGAAGAGGCAAAUGACAGUGAUGGAGAGAGGAAGAACGAGUGAUACUUCUCUUUGAAUCAUUAAGUGGUACUUAGCACGUUGGGUAAUGGAUGUAGCAAGUUGGUUGUGAUAUAGCGCCGGCGUUCGGAAUACCAAUACCAAAUGAUUUUCUCGCAAUUUCCUUCCCACUCUUGUGUAAUGGUAGUUCGAAAUCAUCUGACACACAAUAUCUUCAUUACAAGAAAAUAUCACAGGACGGUGUUGUUGAUGUUGUAGUGGUUGAAUUGGUAGAUAAAUUUUGCAAAGAGUUCUCGCUUAGCAUGAUUUUUUUGUAAACAAGACUAAUGAAAGCAAGCUGAAACCUCACAGUAUCGAAG